CGCGGCCGCCGCCACGUCCUGACUCUGCAUCCAUUCCCCUGAAGAGAAACGCGACGUUGAUUCGAGUCCUAGGACGGUGGUUACCUUUCCGUUUGUGGACCAACCCGGAUUUGGAUCGGAGGGGAAGUUUCUGGACUCUUCCGGCCCCAAAACUUGUCUCUCGACAGAAAUCGGGCCCAUUUUAAAUGUUGGGCCGAUGGAGAGCCCACCUCUCACAAUUUGGUACAUUCAAGAUUCAAGCCUAUUCCGACGGAGGUAGAAGAGGAAGUGCUAAAUACGGGCGGAAUAAAUGGGCAAAAAAGAGCGGGAAGCGGAAAGAAACAGUCUGAAAUGCAUCGUGACCGCGCCACGUGGCAGUGUGAAACCCAUUCCCAACUAAAUCUACAAUAUUGGCGGCUACUAUAUUCAACCUGCAGCUCACUUUAUUACUCCCCUGCUUCCGACUCUGCCUCUCUACUUCUUCCUGCUCGAAAGAAAUCACGAAUUCAAUUACAGAGUUCAUCACCUCUCUGUUUUUUCGUUUUUUUUGGCUCUAUUCCACCUGACUGAAAAUGGCGACAGUAUUGAGUCACUCAGUAGUCACAGCCACCCCUCCUCGUCACGCAGUGAACUCUCAUAACAAUUCUCUGUCCUUGUACCGUAGCGUCAUCCCGAAGAACAAUGUUGGACUGAGCCUGAACAGAUCGGACACUCUGAAACUGAGAUCAUCCAACUCCGCCGGCGGCAGAGCAUGCCGCAAAUGCCGGCCGAUUUCCCACAACCGCGCCGCCGCCGCCGCCACUGUGCGGUGCGAGGAGGGCGGCGGAGGGAUGAGAUUGGUGUUCGUCGGAGCAGAGGUUGCUCCCUGGAGCAAAACCGGCGGGCUCGGCGAUGUGCUCGGCGGGCUCCCGCCGGCCAUGGCUGCGAAGGGGCACCGAGUGAUGACGAUCUCGCCGCGCUACGACCAGUACAAGGAUGCUUGGGACACAGGGGUGGAAGUCCAGGUGAAGGUCUUGGACACAGUGGAGACAGUUCGGUUCUUCCACUGCUACAAGCGAGGGGUGGAUCGGGUUUUCGUCGACCAUCCCCUGUUCCUAGCCAGGGUAUGGGGGAAAACAGGUCCCCAGAUCUAUGGUCCUCGAGCCGGAAUCGACUACGAAGACAACCAGCUUCGUUUCAGCUUGUUUUGCCAGGCAGCUCUGGAAGCGCCAAGGCUGUUGAAUCUCGACGGCAACCAAUCGUUUUCUGGACCAUAUGGUGAGGAUGUGAUCUUCAUUGCUAACGAUUGGCACACAGCUCUCCUCCCUUGCUACAUGAAAACAAUGUACCAACCCCAAGGCCAAUACACUAAUGCCAAGGUUGCAUUCUGCAUUCACAACAUUGCUUACCAAGGCAGAUUCCCCUUCUCCGAUUUCUCCAUUCUCAAUCUCCCCAGCCAGUUCAGGGGCUCCUUCGAUUUCACUGAUGGUUAUGACAAGCCAGUGAGGGGAAGGAAGAUCAACUGGAUGAAGGCAGGGAUCAUCGAAUCAGACACGGUGGUCACUGUAAGCCCUUACUACGCCGAAGAGCUGGCUUCCGGUGAAGACAAGGGGGUCGAGCUCGAUAACAUCAUUCGGGCUAAGGGUAUCAUUGGCAUUGUCAAUGGAAUGGAUGUUCAGGAGUGGAACCCUUCUACUGACAAGUACAUCGACUUCAAAUACGAUUCGACGACUGUGAUGGAUGCAAAGCCAUUGCUGAAGGAAGCACUGCAAGCUGAAGUAGGACUGCCAGUGGACAAGAACAUCCCAGUGAUUGGGUUCAUUGGGAGGCUGGAAGAGCAGAAAGGUUCAGACAUUCUUGUGGAAGCCAUCCCACAUUUCAUUGAUAAGAACAAUGUCCAGAUUAUUAUCCUCGGAACUGGAAAGAAAGAGAUGGAGCGACAGAUUAUGAAGCUUGAGGAAUCGUAUCCAGAUAAGGCUCGCGGGAUCGCCAAGUUCAGCCCUAGCCUAGCCCAUUUGAUCAUAGCUGGUGCCGAUUUCAUGUUGAUACCGAGUAGGUUCGAGCCCUGUGGUCUGAUCCAGCUGCACGCUAUGCGCUAUGGCACGGUGCCAAUUGUUGCCUCCACAGGCGGCCUUGUUAACACGGUGAGAGACGGCCGCACCGGCUUUCACAUGGGAGAUUUCAGUGUUGAGUGCGAUGAAGUUGAUCCAAUGGAUGUGACUGCGGUAACUAGAGGCGUCGAGAAGGCAAUUGCAACCUUUGGGACUCAUGCACUGUCUGAAAUGAUCCAGAAUUGUAUGGCUCAAGAUCUCUCCUGGAAGGGGCCAGCAAAGAAGUGGGAAGAACUAUUGAGGAGCCUUGGCGUUGCUGGGAAUACUGAGCCGGGAUUCGACGGAGAUGAGAUUGCACCUCUUGCCAAGCACAAUAUCGCCAUGCCAUGAUAUGAUCUUCUCAAUAGAGUUAAAUGUUAGUUCAGAGAUCGCAUAAAGUUUUUUCUGUUUGUUUUCUGCACUUAGAAGAUGAGUAUUUGGUAUAGGUUCUUGUCAACCGCUAGUAGCCAAGACUUGUUAGGUAGCUAGAUCUUGGUUAAUAUUCGUGUACUCUUGGAAAAGAAUAGACUUCUUUUUCAAACAAAAUAUAAAAAUAAUGUUUUGCUCCUAUAUGUCCAAUCAAUUGCUAUGUCUCAACACAUUUUGGAGAGAACUAGUUAGAUCUGGAUUUGAGUGGCAUAUCAUUCCUAUCCACAACUCAUCCAUUGAUUUUUCAACAUCAAUCGGUUUUGGAUCCUUUUGGUGUUUUGAUAAAGUUAGAGUAGAGUGUCUCUUACUCAAACGGAGAGGAGCGAGAUCCCAAAUGGUGUUUUUCUCAAGGGGGAGUGGGGUGUGGGAUAUGAAGUUUUGAAUAUAACUAUACAUUAGUGUUGUGAAGAUUGAGAGGAAAAUAAUUCUCUUAGAAGCAAUUUAAAGGUAGGAGAUUCAGAAGCGUAAUAAUUUCACCUCAACCGUUCAUAAAUUUAGCUAAAGCGCUUAUAACAUUACCUAAAAAAACAUUAUAAUCGACUCUGUGUAUCUUCGUGUAUCUAAGCAAUUUCCUGUUGUUUAUGACUAUGGAAUACAUGAGUCGUGCUUGUGGAUUGCGGGUCAUUUGGAUAAGUUAUUUUGUCAAUGUGAUAUUUGCACUCAAUUGAUGCAGUGUUUUAAAUUUUGUCAUUUCAUGAGUUGUUUGAGGCUUUGAGUCCAGUGAUAUUAGAAUUGUCUUGUUUGGCUUGGGGUAUUUCAUAACAAAUUAAAACUAAAUAAUACCCACUUUAAUAAUAGUAAGGGGAAGGGAGUGCAAAGAGACCACAUGACACUAAGGGGUCGUUUGGAAGUUGCAAAUGUUAAAUCGUUGCAUUGUAAUGAAUCACCAUAAUAUAAAUGCAUGUAUUGAUACAAUGAAUGCAUUUUAACAAUACAUAGUUUGGUUGUUGAGAUUCUACUUUAUGCAUUGAUUUACAUGAAGUUACUUUUAUGGGGAAAUGACACAUUUACCAUCAACUUUUAGAAUAAGACAAAAACUAUUGG